AUGGUGGCUCCAUCCCAAUCCCGGCCGCCCCUCGGGCUGCACAUCCAACCUGCAUGUCUGCAGCACAAGUACAUCCGUCACGCAAACUCGAGCCACAUCUUUGAGCGCCCAGAGCGGCUGCGCGCCGUCCUUCUCGGCUUUGCGGGGGCCCUUGCGCGCCUCGAGGCCGCCGACGCGGCGUCGGCUCCAACCCCCGAGCCCGAGGGCGACGACUUAUCAUCCAUGCUCUCGUCGCUGUCGCUGGGCUCCACAUCCCCCUUCCUCCCACCCUCGCAUGUCGCCAUUGUCCCCCCGCCUAUCCCACCCGCCACACCGGGCCAGAUCCUCAAGCACCACCCCGCCGUGCAGUUCACCCACUCGCCGCCCGAGGAGGCGCCCUUCCCCUUCCUUCCAAAGGCGCGGGGCGCCGCCCUCCCAUCCAGCACGUACAUGAAGGAACUGCACACCUGGGCCAGCGAAGCUGUCGAGACGAUCCGCACCACAGGCUGCGAAUUUCCCCAGGACAAGGGGUUGAACGCCGGUGACCUCUACCUCGGCCCAGGAUCCGUCCUCGCCAUCGAGGGAUGUGUCCAGACCGUUUGUCAGGCCGUAGAUGGCGUGUGUGCCAUCGUCCCGGCCCACCAAGAUCCGCAAACGCCAGUGCAGAACAUGAGCUCGGUGCCUCCGCGUCCAUCGACGCCUCAGGGCGAUCCAACUCCGCCUCCACCGGCGUAUAACAAGGCGUUCUGUGCGAUUCGCCCGCCUGGGCACCACUGUGGCGAGGACGAGCCCUCUGGAUUCUGCUACGUCAACAACGUCGUCGUCGGCGCCAUGCACGCGUAUCUCCAACACGACGUAGACCGAGCCAUCAUCAUCGACUUUGAUCUCCACCAUGGCAAUGGCACACAGGCGCUUGUCAUGCCGCUCAACGCAGCGUCGUAUGCCGAGGACCUCGCCAUGGCAGCAGGAAAGCCACCAAGCGAUCUGAGAGGGCUCAAGGGGCAGAGACGAGGCUGGAAGGGCUUCUAUGGCUCCGUGCACGACAUUUACUCGUACCCCUGCGAGGAUGGCGACCUGGAUCUGAUCAAGGAUGCGAGUUUGAGUCUUGCCGCUCACGGGCAGUACAUUGAAAACAUCCACCUACAACCGUACGACUCGGAGGAGGACUUUUACGAGCGCAUUUACCCCAUGUACACUGCUCUUCUUGACAAGGCGCGGCUGUUCAUGCGCGACACCGAAGCCGACCCGGAACGGACAAUCUUGUUCAUCAGUGCCGGUUUUGAUGCCUGCGAGCACGAACAUCAGGGCAUGCAGCGCCACAACCGCCGCGUACCAGUGUCCUUCUAUUCGCGAUACACGCGCGACAUCGCCGCGUUUGCCGACAAGUACACGGGCGGCAAGGUCGUGUCUGUUCUGGAGGGCGGCUACGGCGACCGUGCGUUGACCUCGGCGGCGAUGGGUCACGCGAUUGGUCUGCUCGGCCGUGAGGGUGUCCCCGGCUGGUGGUCGGUCGAGGAGCUCGACAACCUUGAUCGCGCCACAAAGAAGAAGAAGCGCGGUGGCAAGCUCGCAGCCCUGCCACCCGACCUGACGUCUACGCCACACCUGGCACGCGCACACGCUCUCCUCGCGCACUUUGAGGGCUCGCCACCGUCGACACCUGCGCCAAGUGUUAAUGCCACACCACAGGCUAACGCCAACGGGCGCAUGACGCUCCGCGAGCGCAGGGUAAGGACGUACGCCGAGGACACGGACGUCUGGAGCUCGUCGCCCCGGGAUACUGGCCGGCGCCGUCGCGGACCGGCCACGACGGCCAACACGCCUGUCGCUACACCCAAGAAGCCCACCGACGGCAAGUCAGAGGAAGCGUACCCCAGUCCUGCGUCGAGCCCUACGGCUGUUCCGCCGCCGGAGCCGAAGCUCGAGGCGGCACCACCGCAACCCAAGCUCGAGGUUCCCUCCGAGCCGGUUGACUUUGCCUCGCCUGUCUCCGUGGUCUCGGACACGAGUGAUACUCCAAAGAUCAUUCUCAAGAUUCCGCGAGUCACUCCGCCGCGUGAAGGCGAGGAGGACAGGGGCGUCGCGAGUGAAAUAGAUCGUGUAUUGGCGCCUGUGCCUGUAGCUCAGCCAGUGGCUGCUCCUCAGACAGUACCUCCCAAGGCUGCUCCUACUCCGCAAGUCGCCCGUCCUCUGGCCCCCACGUCAUCGACAGCUGCCCAGCCGGCCGCCCCUAAGGCUGUGGUUGCAACGCCUAUCUCUGCCCAGCAGAUCCAGCCCAAGGCGGAGCCACUUUCCAAAGCUAGCAACCCAGCCCCACCGACGUCAGCACACGCUCCCACGGUCCCGACGGUUGUCGCCCAGGCCGCGCUCCACGCUCCCAAGCCACCGAGCACCGCUCCUCCCACCAGCCAACGUGUACCGUUCGCUGGUGCUGCUGGUGCUGCUGCUGCUUCCCCCGCUGCAGUGUUCAGAGCACCGCCUGCUGCGCCGAGCCAGCACCUCCCAACGCUGCGACCGAGCAACUUUGUGCCAGUCGAGCUGCCACCGCCGCCAAUGUACCCCGUUUCGCGGCCACAGUUCCCACAAGCCCCUCCUCCACUUGGUUACGCCGCGCCCCAGAUUCCACCCAGCAACCAAGCCUACUAUGCCCAUGCCCAGCAGCGCCCUAUCCGCCGCUAA